AUGAUUUGCCCAGCCUGGACUCUUUCAGUCUGGGACAACAGCAGUUUGACUCAAGACCUAUCACAUUAUCAGAAGUAUCAUGGCAAGUCUGGUUCUUUAUGGGUUGCCUUGAGACAGGUUUUGCCUGUUAUUUUCUUUUUUGCUUCAUCUCGAAAGGAGGCAGGAGUACUUAACCGGAGGAUCAUUGAUGGCAAACAGGAUGACAGGUAG